AUGUUGAUAUCAGGUGAUCCCUUUCCAACAACAUUAUACAUUUUUUGUCUCGGAUAUCGUUUUGAGGUAGAAAUGUCUGUAAAAGUAAACACGAACACAAAAAGGGAUUGUGAGACUAGUACAAAUUACUUUGAAUUAGGAAAAAAGAUAAAAGCAAUUAGUGUUGUGAGAAGAGAAACAGUAAAACAGAUGAGUCGUGGUAAAGAAUUUUUCCUUAUGACCUCUGGUAGCGAAUGCACUAGCUGUUUUUUUUAUGCAGCAAACAAAACAAACCUUCUAGGCCUAAAUUCUCUGCUUGAACAAAUGAAGAUUGUAGGCACCCACGUCUUUGAAAUGUCAGAUGGUCAGGUUGGUGUAAUCAAACUCCUCUCACCGCAAAUGUGCACACCGGCAACGUCAUCUGCAGAAAAUCAAAAAAACAAUGCUGGAUUUAUGCUGAAUAAAUGUCAGAUGAAUUACACAUUUAGUUGUCAGUUUUCCCAAUGCAUAAAACAGUAUGAUAUCUUAUGUUAUCUUGAAUGUUUCGUCGAUUUAAAUGUCAACUUAAUGAAGCGUGGAAAUCACUUGAUUUGUGUUAAUGCAUUAUUUAUUUAUCUGUUGGAGAAAUACAAAUUAAUGAAUGCCAUUUCCUUUGGCAGUUUCACUUUACUGUCGUUGGAUGCAUCACGUAAUGAUGUCCUUCAUUCUACAAGUCCAGCAUAUGCCGAUUGGAUUUGA